AUGAACAGCUUAGGUUUAAGUUUAAUUUUUAAAAUGGGCUGUCUCUGUUCCAAAGAGACAAUUACUGUGAAUGGCAAAAAAUACAUCAUAUUAGAACAUCUGGGAGAAGGUGGUUUCAGCACAGUAUCUUUAAUUGAAGAUAAUCUUACACACAAAAAAUAUGCAGUGAAAAGAAUUGUUUGUCACAGUCCAGAUGAUCAAAGAUUAGCCUGUAUGGAAGUAGAGUACCAUUCCAUAGUAAAACAUCCUAAUGUUAUUGAACUGGUUGAUUCAGACUACCAAGGUGUAGCUGAUCCUGUAACUAAUUCUACUAGUGAAGUUUUAUUAGUCUUGCCUUAUUACCAUAAAGGAACUUUAGCACAAGAAUUGGAAAGACGAGCAAGAUUAAGAGAAUUCAUGAAGCCAGUUGAUAUUCUCAAUAUAUUCUUAUUGAUAUGUGAUGGAGUAAAAGCAUUUCAUGAAGCUAAACCAGAACCCCUUGCCCAUAGAGAUUUAAAGACUGCAAAUAUUGUUUUAGGUGAUAAUAUGACACCUGUAAUAAUGGAUUUAGGUUCAGUUGCACCUGCUAGAGUAAAAGUUUGUGGCACUCAAGCAGCUCAAUCACUACAAGAGUUGGCUGCAGAAAGAUGUUCAAUGCCUUACAGGGCUCCUGAACUUUUCCAAGUUGAAAGUUAUUGUAUGGUAGAUGAAAGAACAGACAUUUGGUCUCUGGGUUGCAUUCUCUAUGCAAUGUGUUACUUCAAAUCCCCAUUUGAUGCAGUAUAUGAAAGGGGUGACAGUGUAGCACUAGCUGUUAUUAGUGCAAACAUUACUUUUCCAGAAAACUCGCCAUUUAAUGAAGAUAUGCAAAAUUUGAUAAUGACCAUGCUGAAAGUAAAUCCAAUGGAACGUCCAUACAUUUACAGUGUUAUUGAGAAUACUCAUGAAGUAUUAUCUAAACUAGAGGGUAGAGUUUAAACUAUUAUUUUUUCCAGAUUGUUUUUAAGAUUUUACUUUUAUACUGUGUACAAGAUAGUGAUAACUAUCAAAUGAACUUCUGUAAUUUAUUGAUUACAAAAAAUGUUAUGAAAAAUGUUAUUAGACAGCAUAUAACUUAAAUGAAGGAUAUGCAGAAGACAUGCCAGUUGCAGUUAUAGAUGUUAUCAGAUUUUUUAUAAGAUAUUGUUAAAUUUUAAUUAUGAUGAGACAUUUAAAAAAUCGUGUACAUAUA